AUGUCUGCUGCAGGAAGAGAGGCCGUCUUCCCAACCCGGCAGUCGCUGGGCUUGAUGAAGGGAAAGCUGAAGGGUGCCCAGACUGGCCACGACUUGCUCAAGCGCAAGAGUGAAGCUCUCACCAAACGUUUCCGAGAAAUCACCCGCCGUAUCGACGAUGCAAAGCGCAAGAUGGGCAGAGUCAUGCAGAUUGCUGCCUUCUCCCUCGCAGAGGUCAGCUACGCCAUUGGAGGCGCUGGAAUCGGCUACCAGAUCCAGGAGUCUGUUCGCUCAGCAAAGUUCCGUGUCCGUACCCGCCAGGAGAACGUCAGUGGUGUCUUCCUCCCUCAGUUCGAGAGUUUCCAAACAGAGGGCAACAACGACUUUGGCCUGACUGGUCUGGGCAAAGGAGGUCAGCAAGUCCAACGCUGCAGGGAGACAUACGUUAGAGCUGUCGAGACUCUUGUCGAGCUCGCCAGUCUGCAAACAGCCUUUGUCAUCCUGGACGAUGUCAUCAAGGUCGUGAACCGCAGAGUCAACGCAAUCGAGCACGUCAUUAUUCCUCGUACAGAAAACACCAUCAAAUAUAUCAACUCGGAACUAGAUGAGCUGGACAGAGAAGAGUUCUUCAGGCUGAAGAAGGUCUCAGGCAAGAAAGAAAGAGACGCUCAGGCAGAGGAGGCCGAACGUCAAAAGGCCAAAAAGGCUGCCGAAGAGAAGGGCGUCGACUCGCAGGCCGGCGACGGGCCCCAAGACAUCCUAGGAGGAGGAGAAGAUGAUGAGGAUGUCAUUUUCUGA